ACUGCCCUCGCUGCAUCAUACCCAUCCCAGCCGUGCCUCUACAAUCCGUAGCCUCCCAUCGAUUUUUCCCCUCUCCCAUACAAUCUUGCCUCCGCUUCUCGUCGCAAGGGUUUUAACGAGCCCAGCCUUGCGGAUUUCGGUGCCGGAAUGGCUACACUGUGGCCCAUUUCAGUGCUGUAAUUGAGCCUUGUCGAGUUUUUUGCUUUGUUUUUGGGAUUGGGUCCAUUGGCUUGAACCUGCAGGUGGCUUGGAUUGCAGCGGGGCUGUAGUUGAGCGUAUUGCAGAGGAAUUUGCGAGAGAGAGAGGGGGACGCGAUUGUGCGGUUGGCAGUGGGGGUUGAUUUAGAGGGGAAGUUUGCGGGGUGGAGUGAAGUUGUUGGGGUUGAUCAGUGUCUCGCAAUAGGGUGGGAUUUCAGCUCGAUUUUCGUUCGUUGAGCUAGGUUGCGACGAUCAGAUUGAGUUGUUCUUCUUUUGUUUCCGUUUCAUUUAUUAUCCUUUUGUGUGUAGUGUACAUUGGGUGAAGUAGUGGUACAAGCGGCGAACUGCUAUUGGUUUUAAUUCCCUCUUCGCCCGCUUACGUCUGGGAUUCUUGGAUUUGGCAAUGGCCAUGAGGUUUUGCCUUCUGAAAAUUUGGGGACGUUGGGGGUCAUUGUAGCUCUGUUGCUGUAUGUUUUAGUCGAUGGGAGACGCGUGGUUAUAGCUGAAAGCUAUUGCAGCGCUGUUUUGUCAAGAUUCGUGCGCAUCAGUGCGGUUGUGGGUAUGAUAUGUUGGGUGCGUCAUUCUGGUCGCGGGGCAUGAAAAUGCAAAUCGGUCACUGCUUCCACCGUGGUAGAGCUGCCCCUUGUAUCUUCGAGUAGGCGGUUUUAAAUUCAUGGUGGAAUUUUACACUCUGUUGCAGCAGAAUAAACUCUGCAGUUUAGUCUUGUAGCGGCGGCAUGCGAGUACUUUCGAGUGCGCAGGCCUCGUCAAUUCGUGAAUGUAGUGAAGGGAUCGUCAAGAGAACAAAAAAACGUUUUUACACAAGGGUGGUUGGGUGGAUGGGAUUAGAGGUGCUUCAGUGGAGAGGAGUCGUAUUCAGGUUGCCGUGGCUAAAUCCCUCGUGUUAAGGUCGCCAAUGCUUGAAACAGUGGCAUUCUUCUUUGGAUGCCUCGGGGGGAGGAGAAGUGUAAUGCAUUGGAGCUGGCCUUUCCUCAAAAUCACAUCUAUUCUGAGAAACGGACAUCCCUGAUGAGUUCCUUUCCCUGAUUGUGAUCCUUGAGGAUUAUCACAUGUAACGUUAUUGAAUCAGCACCGAAUAGAACACGACCAUUCCUUUGCGCAUGAUAGUUUGUAUUAACAUACAGCGGAUUGUUCGCUGAUUCAGCUUUUUAGCAGUCCGAAGUUUCGGACCAAUCGGGGAGGGGGGGGGGGGGGGUUAAGAGCAACUCCAAGUUACGUCAAGUUAAGCAAAGAGUUUUUUGUUUGUUACUGGAGAUUUGGACUGCCUCAGUCUUUCCUCUCUCUGGGUGGUCUAGAAAUCUGUAAGCUAGCUAUUAGACCAUUCUUAGCUCACUGGAAACUAUCAUGGUCGAAGAAAAUCUGAGAAGUUGAUGACCUUCAGGUUGUUUGAAGAUACAUUUACUCUACCAUUUAGCCCGAGUUAGAUCCGAUCUCUUCUUCCGUUUCAAUUUUCGAAGCCUUGUUUUAAUCAGUGAUCAGAUUCUUAAGUUCCAGUGCGGAGUGUUUCGUUAUCAUACUAGACAGUACUUAAACCUCUGUCAAAAUGAUUAACGGGCAUGACAUUUACAAUGUCCUCAGCGCCAUGGUGCCACUCUACGUGGCGAUGAUGUUGGCUUACGGUUCGGUGAAAUGGUGGGGGAUAUUGACGCCACAGCAAUGUGGUGGGAUCAACAGAUUCGUCUCCAUUUUUGCUGUCCCUCUCCUAUCCUUCCAGUUCAUCUCCGGCAACAACCCCUACGCGAUGAAUUUUAGGUUCAUUGCAGCCGAUGCGGUGUCCAAGGUGUUUGUCCUCUUGUGCCUUGGUCUCUGGGCUCGAUACUCAAAGCGAGGAAGCCUCGAGUGGAUGAUUACAUUGUUUGUGCUGAUCACGAUACCCAACACUUUGGUGAUGGGAACACCUCUAUUGGCAGCCAUGUAUGGGCCCGGGCCUGGCGAUCUUACGAUCCAGGCAGUUGUCCUGCAGUGUAUAAUUUGGUACACCCUCUUGCUUUUGAUGUACGAGUACCGAGCUGCGAAGAUUCUUAUCAUGCAGCAGUUCCCAGAAAACGCUGGAUCCAUCGUGUCUUUCAAGGUGGACUCAGACGUUAUGUCUUUGGACGGACGGGAGCCAGUGCUCACUGAAGCUGAAAUAGGCGACGACGGGAAACUGCACGUCAAAGUUCGAAGGUCUGUGUCAUCCAGGUCGCAGGGCAUGCACUCCGCUCAUCACUCCAUGCCUUCGUCGAAGGCCCUGACACCACGUCCCUCCAACCUCACCGGCGCAGAAAUCUAUUCCAUGCAUUCUUCAGUGAAUCUAACGCCACGAGAUUCGAGUUUCAACCAGGGCGAAUACUUCUCCAUGAUGGCGCAAAGGAGCCCCCACCGUCAGUCGAAUUUCGACAUCUCUGAUGUUUACUCCCUGCAGUCAUCUCGAGGCCCCACUCCACGAACUUCGAAUUUCAAUGAAGAAAAUUCCAAGGAUAUGCACACUCACCACCGAGGCCUGAAUUUGACUUCCCCGAGGUUUGUGCCUCCUUUGUAUCGGAAUGUUGCAGGAGGUCGAAUGUUCAUGCCACGAACCGGGCUUGGUGGAUUGCCUGUCCAUGGCAAUGAUCCCACAGGGCAUGGAUCACUAAGUACUCUCGGCACGCCGGGGAUGGGUCCUGAUGGUCGCACCAUCUAUCCGGGAAGCCAAACUGCCAUCAGUCUUGUUACUCCCGGAGGUACCGGAAACAUCGCUACCCCUCUUUCUUCUAGUCUUAACACCCAGAUUGUUAACCCUGUUUAUUCUCCACGGGCUUCUCAAAUCGCUAAAAAGGUGAAAGACACAAGAACCUCUCCGAAAUCAGACGAGGAUGCCAAGGAGCUUCACAUGUUUGUGUGGAGUGCGAAUGCGUCGCCUGUCUCGGAAGCUGGGUUGCACGUCUUUGGAGGAAAUGACACAUCCGCUAAUCUCCACCAAAGCUUUGACCCCAAAGAAGUGCGUAUGCUUGUGCACCCGCAGUCGGACCUUCGCCACCCAGAAGCGAACCCCAGAACUUAUGAUAAUUAUGCUCAAGAGGACUUCAGCUUCGGAAACAGGAAUGAUUUGAAAUUGGAGGAUCUUGACAAGGAUGGGCCUAGGCUGGACAACAAGUUCGGUUCAACGUCCACUGCAGAAUUGACACCCAAGGUACCCGAAGACGAAGCAAAGAAGAGCAUGCCACCUUCGGCAGUGAUGAUCAAGCUCAUCGCUGUCAUGACCUUCAGAAAACUUGUCUGGAAUCCAAAUACUUACUCCAGUUUACUUGGGGUGAUCUGGUCACUAGUUGCAAAUAGGUGGCAUUUCACCAUGCCGCUGAUCCUCUACAAGUCCGUGCAUAUUCUUUCAGAUGCAGGACUUGGGAUGGCUAUGUUCAGUCUUGGCUUGUUCAUGGGAUUGGGCGACCGAAUUGUUGUGUGCGGACGUAAAAUGGCAAUAUUUGGGAUGAGUCUUCGAUUUCUAGCAGGUCCAGCUGUGUUCGCUGCCGCAUCUUAUUUGGUGGGCCUUCGUGGUGUGCCGCUUAAAGUGUCCAUAGUGCAGGCUGCCUUACCUCAAGGAAUUGUACCAUUUGUUUUUGCAAAGGAGUAUGGAGUCCAUCCAGAGAUGCUCAGUACUGCGGUGAUAUUUGGAAUGCUUAUUGCUUUGCCAAUUACUAUGGUGUACUACAUAUUACUUGGUCUGUGAGUGACUGGAAAUGCCGCUUUUGGUUGGUCUAGAGGAUGUCUCCAGCCCUUUGUUGAAGACUCGAUGGGACUUUGUCACUUCUUGAGUAUUCAAUUGUACAUGAGCACCAGGAGUGCUGAACCCCCAAAAGGUGCAGGGUUCGUAUAAAUUAACCUUCUUCCAAUUUGAUAGAUCAUUUAGAUAGUACCCAAAUUAUCCAGUAACUGAAGACAUAGCAACAUGUUCUUGUGUAUUUUAUAGUUGUCCUUGAAACUUCAAGGGCAAUAAGAGGAGCUGCUUUGUGGAGGUCCAACAGCAUAGAAGGGCUGAGCCUAGACUGAUCCAUUGCGCUGAUACUACGCCCUCCUACUGGUCUACUUAAUGCUGGGAUUAUACGACAGAUGAGGAAUGGAGGCAUAGAUAAUACUUGCAUUAGACGAAAGCCUCUGUAGCCAGGAUGCCUGUUGGGGGUUGUGCCCCUUCGGUCUUUCACAUUCCAUUGUUUAGGUACUACACGAAAUAAAAUUUCAGUUUCACAAACUUAA